AUCCCUGUGAUGUGUUCAUCUGGACUCAGUGUAGUAACCGCGCCAAUGGCCAUCACGGCAGGAGCCUCUGGUGUGGGUGUGGGCUCAGCUAUCAACAAGCUUAAUGAUGUAGUUGCCAUGAUUGCACAAGUAAGAAGCACUGCAGCUUCUUUAGGCAUUUCAGCUGAUAGAAGUAGCUUAGCUAACGAAAAAAUCGUCAGUGUAACAUAACAGUGCUCUGUUCAACAACCAUGGGGUGUGUGUAUGGAUAGCCGGGUACAAUAGAAACGAGAUAAUUUCCUAUAUGAAUG